AUGGCCGGCUCCGAAGAAGUCGCAACCCCUCCAGUGACGAAGCGGCCUCAUUCCGCAGUCGAGGGCGAGAACAGCGAUGACGAGUCUGACGAUGACUUCGGCCCCGCGCUCCCCUCAGAGGUCGCGCCUCAGAAGAAGCGGCGCAAGCUGCCCUUCGAGAAAGUAUUCGUCAAUGCGCUCCCGGUCUCCGCGAAGUACUCCAAGUCUCUCAUGCACAAGGACCAAUUGGCCUUUGUGACGGUCGCGCCCUUUACCGACUUCGUCAUCACCAGCUCUGUGGAUGGAUUUGUCAAGUUCUGGAAGAAAAUGGCCGAGGGCAUUGAGUUCGUGAAGGAAUUCCGCGCUCACCCCGGUGAGAUUCGGAGCGCAACCGUCAGCGCCGAUGGCCGCAGCUUUGCGACGGCUGGAGCAGACAAGACGGUGAAGAUCUUUGAUGUCAUAACCUUCGACCUCUUGUCGAUGUAUACCCUGGAUUUCGUUCCUCGGUGUGUCUGCUGGGUUCACCCGCGCGGAGCAUCGCUACCACUCCUCAGCGUGACAGACGAGGCAAGCAGUACAAUUCAGAUCUUCGAUGGACGUGGCGAGAACCCCCAGCCUUUGCAUACUCUGAAAACCAUCCACCGCAGCCCCGUGGUGUCCCUCGCGUUCAAUAACAUCUUCGACUGUGUGGUCUCGGCCGAUGAGACGGGAAUGAUUGAAUACUGGAGGGCCGGAGACGGCUCGUUCGAGAAGCCAGACAACGUGUUCGAGUUGAAGUCGUCCACCAAUCUAUUCGCAUUCAAGAAGGCCAAGUCGGUACCGACGGCGAUCACGAUCUCCCCAUCCGGCGAACACUUUGCGACAGUCUCUUUCCCCGACCGGCAGGUCCGCGUCUUCGACUUCGCCUCGGGCAAGCUUUAUCGCACAUACGACGAGUCAAUAACCACCAUUACAGAAAUGCAGCAGGCUGGAACCGCGCCCUACGCACUUGACGAAGUGGAAUUCGGACGCCGUCUGGGCGUGGAGCGUGAAAUCGAAGGCGAAGCAACCCGCAGCAAAGUGAACGUCUCCUUUGACGAAUCAGGUCACUUCAUCCUCUACGGCUCGCUUUACGGCGUGAAAUGCAUCAACACAUACACGAACCGGGUGGUCCGCGUCUACGGCCGCGAGGAUCCUUUCCGCGCCCUCAAUCUUGCCCUCUACCAGGGCCAGCCACAGCGCAAGGGCGUGGUGACCGUCUCCAUGGCCGCCAGUAGCAACCCUCUCCUACAGGAAGCGGAAGAACGCGAUCCAAUCUUGUUCGCGACCGGUUUCGCCAAGGUCCGUUUCUACAUGUUCAACAAUGUGACGGACAUUUCCAAGUCACGCGACGUGCAGAACGAGAAGCCCACUCAAUCGGCAUCCGACCAAGGCGCCGCACCCACCAAAGCCGCCGAGACCGGUACCGCGGCGAUUCUCCACACCACCUAUGGCGACAUCCACCUGCGCCUGUACCCGUCCGCUGCACCGCGUGCCGUGGAGAACUUCGUCACCCACUCCCGCCAGGGCUAUUACAACAACACGAUCUUCCACCGUGUGAUUCGCAAGUUCAUGAUCCAAGGCGGUGAUCCCCAAGGGGACGGAACGGGCGGCGAGUCCAUCUGGGGCGGAGAGUUCGCAGACGAGUUCUCGGUGCUCAAGCACGAUCGACCCUAUACGCUGUCGAUGGCGAACGCAGGACCCAACACCAAUGGCAGUCAAUUCUUCAUCACUACGGAGAAGACGCCGUGGCUGGAUAACAAGCACACGGUCUUCGGCCGUGCAGUGCAGGGCAUGGACAUUGUACACAAAAUCGAGAAUUGCCGGACGCACAAGGAGAAGCCGGAAGUUGACAUCAAGAUUGUGAGCAUUAGUAUCUCAUGA